AUGCUUCCCCUGCUUCCUUUAAGCAAAUCGCCACCUUCCGGGAUCGACCUCAUCUGGGGCCAGUGGCACAACCUGCCCUCCCUGCCCUCGCCCAUCCGCAACAUCAACGGCAUGUUCAUGGGCGCGCUGCCCCACAUGAUGGAGCCGGUCUGGGGCCGCACCAUGGAGUUUGUGGGGGACGACUUCUACAAGAAGAAGAUGACUGGCUGGGGGUGUGAUGAGCUGAUUGCCAGCAAGUGUCGCGAGCGCCACCUGGCCGACGGCACGGCGGGCGCGGUGGACCAGGCGAUUGAUCUGGGCAGCACCGCGGUGACCAACGUGGGGGAGCUCGUCUCCAACGUGGCCAGCACACUCAUGGACACCGCCCGCAAGGCCGUGGACACCGGGAAGUACUACGCGGACACCACCACACAGGCCGCCCGCGAGACGGCGCGCUCCGCCGCCGACACCGCCACCGGCGCAGCGCGCUCCGCCUACGAGGCCGGCCUAUGCUGCACAAAGGCGCAGCAUGCCGCGCUCGGCGGCGUGAUAGUGCAGUCCGUCCUGCCAGCUGAUGUCAGCACCACCAUGCGCAAGGACAUGCCCAUGACGGACAAGGCGCGCGAGGCGGCCGCACGCACAGCAGAGCGCGCCAGGGAGGCCGCCCGCGGUGCCACCGGCCCCAUGGAGCCGUCGGGCACCCCGAUCGUGGCGCGCUGA